GAACACAACCCUAAAGAGGAGCGAGAGAGAGAGAGAGAAAGUGAGAGGGGAGAGAGAGAAAGAGAAAUGGCUUCAAGAGCAGUUGUUCCACGAGACCAUCAACAACCCAGAGGGGAGGCAGUUGCUGGGAAUGGUAAGCAGAAGAAGAUUGUUGCAGCAGAGAGGAGAAACCGGCAAGCACUAGGCGAUAUUGGGAAUCUUGUAACUAUUGGAGUUGAUGGCAAGCCACAGCCUCAGAUCUCUCGCCCCAUUACAAGGGGUUUUUGUGCACAAUUACUCGCCAAAGCAAAAGAAGCUGAAAACAACAAGAAAGCAGUCCGUGCUAAUGUGGAUGGAGCUCUUCUUGUUACCAAUGGAGCUGCAGCAGGUAAAGGACCUGAGGCAGAAAAGGCAGCUCAGAAGAAGGUUGCAGUCAAGACAAAGCCUGAGACAGUGAUUGAAUUGAGCUCAGAUACAGAAGAGGUUAAGAAAGAGAAGCCAAUAAACACCAAAAAGACCGGAGAAGGAUCCUCGAGGAAGAAAGUCCAGACUAUGACUUCCAUCCUUACUUCUAGGAGCAAGGCGGCUUGUGGUUUGACCGAUAAAAAACCGAAGGAGCAGAUUGUUGAUAUUGAUGCAGCUGAUGCUAAUAAUGAGUUGGCUGUGGUAGAAUACGUUGAGGACAUUUAUAAGUUCUACAAACUGAUUGAGAGUGAGAGCCACAUUCAUGACUAUAUGGACUCCCAGCCUGAGAUGAAUGAGAAGAUGAGAUCAAUUCUGGUGGAUUGGUUAAUUGAAGUUCACCAUAAAUUUGAACUUAUGCCAGAGACCCUCUACCUUACAAUCAACAUAAUCGACCGGUUCCUUUCAGUCAAGACUGUGCCAAGGAGGGAACUGCAGUUGGUAGGCAUCAGUGCCAUGCUGAUAGCCUCCAAAUACGAAGAAAUUUGGGCCCCAGAGGUCAAUGACUUUGUCUGCAUCUCAGACAGAGCUUAUAGUGAUCAGCAGAUAAGGAACAUGGAGAAAGCUAUACUGGGCAGGCUAGAAUGGACCUUGACAGUUCCGACGCCUUAUGUUUUCCUUGUUCGUUUCAUUAAGGCCUCCAUUCCUGAUCAGGAGAUGGAACAUAUGGUCUAUUUCUAUGCUGAACUUGGCUUGGCUAACUAUGCCACCAUGAUGUACUGCUCAUCUAUGCUUGCUGCCUCAUCGGUGUAUGCUGCGCGGUGUGCCCUGAACAAAAGCCCUGUUUGGGAUGAAACACUAAAAGCCUAUACUGGUUUCUCAGAAGCACAGCUACUGGAUUGUGCUAAGCUCCUUGCAAGUUUCCACUCAAUGGCUGCAGAAAACAAGCUGAUCAAGGCUGUGUAUAGGAAGUACUCUCAGCCUCAUAGAAGUGGGGUUGCAUUUCGUCCACCAGCCAAGGUCCUCUUGGCUACUGCUGCAUCAUGAAGAGGGCUGCAUUUGCAGUUGGUGCUCCACCUUUGUUUCAACCACAUUACCUUAUGUGAGGAAUGGGGGGGGAUCAUUGGUCUGUGAUGAUCUUUCAGGGUGAAUUUUUUGUCUAAUCAUAACUGAUUUGAUUUUUUUUUUUUUCUUUACUUGUACACACCUAUGCUGUGUUUUGAUAAAGAAUUCAUAUUUGAUUUCCAUUAACUUUACCAAAUUGAUGUUUCUCUCUGUUUCUUAA